AUGUCAGAAAUUAAACUAUUUGAGAAAUAUUCUUACAAUGAUAUUGUUUGUGCUGAUGAAUCUAUUGCACCAUUUAUUAAUGUCAGUAAGCAGUUUAUUAUUCCACAUGAAGCAUCUAGAGCUGUGAUAAAAAGUAAAAGUAAGGCCAAAUUGUCAGUUAUUAACAGAUUUGUUAAUUCUUUGAUGAGAAAUGGAAGAAAUAGCGGAAAAAAAAAUUUAGCCAACAUUUGUGUAGAGGAUGCUUUUCUUAUAAUUCAUUGCCUUACUAAAAAGAACCCUUUACAAGUAUUGGUUGAUGCCAUUAUAAACGCAGGACCAAGGGAAGAUACUGCCAGAGUUGGAAGAGGAGGAUCAAUGAAAAGAACAUCAGUUGAUAUUUCUCCAUCUAAAAGAGUUAGUAUUGCUAUUCAGCUUUUAUCUAAUGGCAUUAGAGCAGCUGCAUUUAAGUCUAGAAAAACACUUGCUGAGUGUAUCGCCGAUGAGCUAAUUAAUGCCAGUUCUUGCACCCAAAAUUCUUAUGCUGUUAAAAAACGAGAAGAAAUUGAAAGAAUUGCUAAGUCUAAUCGUUAA